AUGGCCAGACCAUCCAUUCUGGGCCUGGCUGCCCUUACAACAACUGUCGCUCAGGUGGUGACAGCAGCAACUUCAUCUUACACCCUGGAGGACACGUUCGACUCAUCUAAUUUCUUCGACUCCUUCACAUGGUUCACAGACGCCGACCCAACGGCUGGAUUCGUGUCGUACCAGGACCAGUCGAGCGCCACGUCGGCCGGGCUGGCGACCAUCGCCAACAACCAGGUCCGCCUAGGCGUUGAUUCCACGUCAACGGUGGACAGCUCCACGCUCAGUGCAUAUGUCGGGGGCGACACCUCUGUGGGCGGGCGCAAGUCGGUGCGGCUACAGUCCAAGAAGACAUACACCAAGAUGCUCAUGGUGGCGGAUAUCGAACACAUGCCGGUUGGGUGUGGCACCUGGCCCGCACUGUGGACGUGGGGCACUGGCUCGUGGCCUGCAGACGGCGAGAUUGAUAUUAUCGAGGGGGCAAACUCGCAGACCACCAACGCGAUGACUCUCCACACCUCGGCAGGCUGCACGCCGUCCAACAGCGGCCAGGAUCCCGGGACGAGCUGGUACGACGGCAGCACUGGCGACUGCAGCGCCGACAGCGGCAGCACGGGGUGUCCUCAGCGAGGCACAUCGACAUCCAACUUCGGCGCUGGCUUCAACAGCGCCCAGGGCGGCGUGUACGCGAUGGAGUGGACGGACGCUGCCAUCAGCAUCUGGUUCUGGCCGCGCAGCUCGAUCCCCAGCGGCAUCAGCUCCUCUUCGACGGUCGACACGGGCAGCCUGGGCACGCCGCUGGCGCGGUUCGAGGGCGGCAGCGGGUGCGACAUCGCGAGUCACUUUCAGGGCCAUGUCAUUACCAUCAACACGGCGCUGUGCGGGCAGUGGGCUGGCAAGGCGUGGGCUGCGGACGGGACGUGUGCGAGCCAGGCGGACUCUUGCGCGGCGUGGGUGGCGAACAACCCGGGUGCUUUUGCGGAUGCGUACUGGUUGUUUAACUCGAUCAAGGUCUACACUGCCGGGGCGAGCUCGACUAAUUCGAGCUCGACGGCUGCCUCGACGAAGCGAGACCCUGUGAUGGACUUUAGGAUCGGGACGACGGUGGCUGGCAGUGGUGGUGCAGGAGGAGGAGGACGAGGAGGCGAGGAGGCGCCUUGGGAAGCGGGAAGGGGAGGGACACAACAAACUGCAGAUUCGACUUUGGUCGCGGACAUGGGACAGAAGCGUGGUUUGUCUGAGGUCUUUGACGGCGUGAAAGACGUUUGGGACGAUGCCAAGAAUGAUGGGAAGAAUGCUUGGGACACUGCCAAGAACUCUAUUGGAGGGUCUUCUACAGAUGAAAACGAAGACAGGGAUCAGGACGAGAUGGCGUCCACGACGUCUGAUGCAAGACCUCUGAGGGAAUCUGUCGCUCUGGAUUCGAGGAUCAAGACAGUGCACGUGUGA